GGCUCUCCCCUCCCCCCUUUUGCUACCCCGCCUCCGACACACCAUGGACACCCUCAUCCCUCUGAUCAAUCGUCUCCAAGACGUGACUCUCUCGGCCGGACUCCCGAAUGUCAUUGAUCUGCCCCAGAUCGCGGUCAUCGGCGCCCAGAGUUCCGGCAAGAGUUCCGUCCUGGAGAACAUCGUCGGGCGUGACUUCCUUCCGCGUGGUACCGGGAUCGUCACCCGCCGGCCUCUGGUCCUGCAGUUGGUGCACGCCAAGCCCGGCACCGCGAAGACCAGCUCCGGGCAGCCGGCCCCGGCCGAGGAGUUCGGUGAGUUCCACCACCUCCCAGGCAAGGUCUUCACCGACUUUGGCCAGAUUCGCGAGGAGAUCAUCCGGGACACGGACGAAAAGACCCGCGGUGACAAGGGUGUCUCGCCCCUGCCCAUCCACCUGAAGAUUGUCUCGCCCAAUGUCCUGAACUUGACCCUGGUGGAUCUGCCCGGCAUGACCAAGGUCCCGGUUGGCGACCAGCCCAGCGAUAUCGAGGCACAGAUCCGGAACAUGUGCAUCAACUACAUCAACCGCAAGAAUGCCAUCAUCCUGGCUGUGACGGCUGCCAACACGGAUCUGGCCAACUCGGAUGCGCUGAACCUGGCCCGGCAGGUGGACCCGAAGGGCGAGCGCACCAUCGGUGUGCUGACCAAGAUCGACAUCAUGGACAAGGGCACCGACGUGUUGGACAUCCUGGCCGGCAAGGUGGUCCCCCUGCAGUUGGGCUAUGUGCCGGUGGUCAACCGCGCCCAGCGGGACAUCGAUUCGGCCAAGUCCAUUCGCGAUGCGCUGGAUUUCGAGCGGCGCUUCUUCGAGAACCACUCUUCCUACUCCAAUCGGGCCCAGUAUUGCGGCACUCCCUUCCUGACGACCAAGCUGAACCACAUCCUGACGCAUCACAUCCGCGUGACCAUGCCGGAGCUUCGUGCCAAGAUCCAGCAACAGCUGGUGAUCCAGCGCAACCGUCUGACCGAGCUCGGCCACUCGGAGCACGAUGCGUCAGCCAUGUCCUCCGAUGCCCAGGGCAGCAACAUUAUCCUGACCCUGAUCUCGGACUUCUGCCACGAAUUCCGCACCAUCCUCGACGGCCAGUCGUCCAGCCUGCCGAACAAGGAGCUCUCCGGCGGCGCGCGCAUCAGCUUCGUCCUGCACCAGAUCUUUGCCACGAAUGUCCGUGUGCUGGACCCCUUUGAGACCAUCAAGGACCAUGACAUCCGGACGCUGCUGUACAACACCUCGGGCUCCUCGCCCAAUCUCUUUGUCAGCGGCCAGUCGUUCGAGAUUCUGGUUCGUCAGCAAAUCGAGCGCCUGACCGAGCCCUCGCUCAAGUGUGUCGGCCUUGUGUUCAAUGAGCUCACGCGCAUUCUCCAUGCUGUGGAGGAGAAGCAGCGUGUCUUCAUGCGGUAUCCGCUGCUCCGGACGAAGUUCCGCUCGGCCUACAUGAACUUCCUGAAGACCGCCCUGGAGCCCACCAACCGCCUGGUGGGGGACAUCAUCCGGGCCGAGGCCAGCUACAUUAAUACCGCCCACCCGCACUUCAUCACUGGCCACCGGGCCAUGACGAUUGCCAACCAGCGGCUGUUUGGGAACCGUGCCCCGGCGCCUGAGCAGCCGGCCCAGCAGCAGCCGGCCCAGCAGCAGCCGGCCCAGCAGCAGCCGGCUCAGCAGCCCGGGCAGCAGGGUGCUCAGAGUGCGCCCGCUCUGCCGACUCGGCCGCCCCCGCAGUACCCCGCCCCGCAGGCGCCCGUCAGUGGCACCGGCGCGCCGGCCAUCAGCAAUGCCGACUUCUUCGGCGGCAUCCAGGGUGCCGAGGGGACGUCGGUUACCGCCAACGGCACGUUGGUGCUCAACGGUCCGCCGGCCAAGCUCGAGGCCACCGGGGCCAUGUCCUCUCGCGAGCAGCUGGAGAUCGAGGUCAUCAAGGAGCUGGUGUCGUCCUACUUCAGCAUCGUGCGCAUGACCAUCUCGGACAUUGUGCCGAAGUCCAUCAUGCUGCAUUUGGUCAACUUCACCAAGGACUCCCUGCAGGGGGAGAUGAUCGCCGAGGUGUAUCGCGACAACUGGGUGGGGUCCUGCCUGCAGGAGGCCCCGGAGAUUGUCCAGCGCCGCCGGGACACCCUGGCCCUGGUGAACGCCCUGCGCAAGGCGGAUGAGGUCCUUUCCACCGUCUAA